AAUUUUCAAAUCCUCGUUCGUACCCCCUAUAAAUAGCACUCCCCAUAUCUUCCCUUCACAUCAUAUUCGUGUUGGAUAAGAAAAAAAUUUCGCGAAGAAAGGAGAAAGAGAAAUUCAGAAAAGUCGCAAAUUCUUGGAGGAGGUGAAGAAGAAGAAGAAGAAGAAGGAAAUGGAAGGGUUUACGUCGUUCUUUGACUCACAAUCGGCGUCAAGAAGUGGUUGGAGCUACGAAUCUCUGAAGAACUUCCGGCAGAUCUCUCCCGUCGUUCAAAAUCAUCUCAAGCAGGUUUAUCUCACACUAUGUUGUGCACUGGUAGCAUCAGCUGUUGGUGCUUAUCUUCACAUACUCUGGAACAUUGGAGGCUUCCUGACCACUGUUGGAUGCAUGGGAUCCAUGAUGUGGUUACUUUCCACCCCUCCUUUUGAGGAGCAUAAAAGGCUUUCACUGUUGAUGGCGGCUGCUGUUUUUGAAGGGGCUUCCAUUGGUCCUCUGAUUGAGUUGGCUAUUAGCUUUGACCCUAGCAUCUUGGUAAGUGCAGUUGUUGGUUGUGCUAUUGCCUUUGGUUGUUUCUCAGCGGCUGCUAUGUUGGCAAGGCGCAGGGAAUAUCUGUAUCUUGCAGGCCUUCUUUCUUCUGGUGUUUCCAUUCUUUUCUGGCUGCACUUUGCAUCCUCCAUCUUUGGAGGGUCUUUGGCACUUUUCAAGUUUGAGCUAUAUUUUGGGCUACUAGUGUUUGUGGGCUAUAUAGUAGUGGACACCCAGGAUAUCAUUGAGAAGGCGCACUACGGUGAUCUGGACUAUGUGAAGCACUCUCUUACCCUUUUUGUAGACUUUGUUGCUGUCUUUGUGCGGGUUCUUAUAAUAAUGUUGAAAAACGCAUCAGAGAAGGAAGAGAAGAAGAGGAAAAGGAGACACUAACUACUCCAAAAUGGCUCAAGAGGAAGGACAUUGUUUAACAGUCAAUGAGAUGAUCUCUUUUUUUUCUUUUUCUUUUUUUUUUCUGUUUUGAGAGUUGUUUCCUCUGUGGAUCAACUGAUGUUGAUGGUCCUAGCCUGGUAGGCUUGCGCAAGUGCUCGCUGUUGUGGUACUACAUAUUGGGAAGUUGUGUGGUGUCAAGUGCCAGUUGUUGGACAGUGUUUAUUGCUUACCUAAAGAAAUUGAGUAAAACUUUAACCAGUGAAUUCCUUCCUUUUCGUCC